GUCCGGCUGUAGUGACUGGGUCUGAGGUUCUGGAGGUGGAUCCAGAUCUACCGGGAUCCGGAUCUAACUAAACUCUGAUAAUAACUCCUGUUUUCCCGUCAGGAGAUCUGCUAACUUCUCCAUCUGCAGUCAGGUUCAGGAUCAUUAAAACUCGGAACUCUGAGUUUAAGUUUUAUAUUUAUUCCAURUCAAUGUGAGRCUCWUGAACCUCAGAUUUAACAUUAUUUUAGACAAACUGAUCCGURCAGAGAGAUGCCCAGAAAGUUUCACAUGUAAAUGUGACCUGGAGAGGUCAGAGGUCACUCCUGCAGCUCAGGGAUGAAGGGUCAGUGGAGGAAACUUCAGUCUGCUGGAAAGAGAGACGGGAAAAUAAACAAGAAAUGAUUAACUUAUGACAAGAUUAAUUAUUAUUUAAAUAUUUAGAAUCAUCAUAAUGUCACAUGAGAUACCAGAAUAGUUUCCCAGUAUUAAAAUCUAAACAUCUGAUAUUUCCUUAUCUAAGCUGUAGUUCARGUUUAGUAGUUAUCACUAUGGCAACCAGACAUGGCCCAGCUGUUUGUUAGCUUGUCUCUGAUUGGCUGUGCCACUGACUCCGCUCCCUCUCUCUGCAGAUCUCUGAUUGGCUGAGCCCUCAUCAGGAUGUCUCUGGAAAAAGACCCGGUCAGACUAAGCCCCGCCUUCCCUCCCCCUGUCAGCCUAUCAGAGCAGCUGGAUAAGCCCCGCCCUCCCAUCCAUCCUAAAAAUGGCCACCAGCCCCUCCUGCCCCCCCCUCCUCCUCCUGCAGCCAAUCAGAGGAUCGGGAAGAGGCGGUUCUCUGUGGGCGUGGGCUUUAAAGGCGUGGCCAAACGCCGUCGCCGUGCCAACAGCGACAGCCAGGCAGAGCCGGUGCUGCCGAGUCACUUCCUGUUGGGGGGGAACAUCUUCGACCCGCUGAACCUGAACUCCCUGCUGGACGAGGAGGUCAACAGGUGGGGGAGGGGCAGCGGGGCGGUUUCAGGAGGUUCUGGUAGAGCAGGAGGCGAUGGAGAACCAGGGUCUAGUCAAAGUCCAGGGAGAGAAAGGGAAUGUCCACAAGGUUCUAACUCUGAGUCUCUGUUAGCCUAGCUUAAAUUAGCCUAGCCUAGCUUAGCAUCCCAGUGCUAGGUCAACAGACUGAUGUGUCCAUUGGCUGUCUGAGCAAAGGUCAAAGGUUAACAAGCAGAACUUUGACCUAAUGGCAGCUGAUCAUCUGGACCAGAACCCGGGUCUCUGGGUCCAUCAGUAGAACUUAUCCAGGCUCCAUGACCGGGCCCACCAGAACCGGCCCAAACUCUGCCGCCUCAUGGGGGCGAUGAAGAGCCGGACGGGUUCUGGUUGGUUCUGAUCCUCUGGGUUCCACCAGAGAAUCCCAGCGGUUCUGGGUUCAGGUUCUGGAAGGAAAAGAUCAAGAAACGAUCAGCUGCUGGUGGUUCUGGUUCCGUGGUUCUGGUUCUGGACCUGCUGGUUCUGGUCCACCAUCAUUAGUCUCAUUGUGGACAGCAGGACGCUCAGUGUUCUCCCCCCCCUCAGGGUGACCAAUCAGGAGACGCCGCGCUGCUCCCCCCUGCCGUCCCGCAGCAGAGACGCCGUGGAGAUCCUGGUCCCCCGUGACGUCACCGACCCC